AAACGCUUUCAUUAUAACCUUAGAAAAUCUUUGAUACUCAGACAAUUAAGCUUAAAAAAAGUUAAGAAAUGAAUACAUUAAUUACAUGUAUACUGUCAUUAUUUCUGUCAUUUAAUAUUGUUCUGGGCGACAAUUCAUUAGACGCAGAUUUUGUAAUUAGAGACGUUGAUGAAGACGAUUUGUUCUACGAACAAGUGGAUUGGUUAAACGAAGAUCGUAUACCAUGGGUACUUCCAAUUUUUCAAUUAACAAAUUCGAGUAUACCUUCUAGACGUUACAACCGCACAUUCAAAUGCGUAGGAAUUUUGGUUAAACUCAAUGCAGUUCUCACUUCCAGGCUUUGUAUAAAAGAUAAUGAAACAUAUGUAGUCGCAAGCAAUUUGACAAGCACGAGUUCAUCCAUACUCAAAGAAUACCCUUAUAUCUAUCACCAUAAGCUGUAUCCUGCUGUCCAUAGCACAUCCUAUAAUAUAGUAACUAUUACAAAAAAUGAUAACACUGCUCCGGAUGAAAAAAUAAUAAUUCCUGGUUUGGUUAUUUUAUUUUUUGGUAUUCCGAUAAGAAGUAUUUCACCUAUAUCAGUAAGACACUCACCAACUACAACGGAUAUAUAUUCAGAUAAAAUUGGCAAAAGCUGCAUGCGAAUUUCUCUGAUAAGAAAUCCUAAUAAAAAUAUAUCUACUGAAAGAUUUCCUGAAAAAAUUUCUUCUUAUACUGAAUUUGUCGAUGCAUAUAGUAAAUUUGAAAAUAAUUUAAUCGACAAAAGUAUUCCAGACAUAACUUUUAAUGAUUCUGUAAGUGUCAUUGCUACUUUGGAUAAUGAAUCAUCGGACUCAGAGACACUCUUGGGGAGUCCUCUUAUUUGUCCUAGUAACGAUAAUAUUUCUGUAUUAACUGGAUUGUUAAUAAAAACUUCAUCUGAUGGAUUGAACAUGUACGCAACCGUGAGAAAUUUAAAACAGUGGAUAAAAUCUAAAGUAGAUGAAUUCAAUAGACCAUACAGACACUUACCUGCUUCAGCGUAUGAUAUCAAUGAAGUAUUAUAUCGAUAUGAUUUGGAGUAAUUUUUCCUUUAACUUUCAUACUGUUAUUAUGUAACAAAAUCAAUUAAUAAAUACUGUAAUUCACUGUACUUAAAAAAAAAGUGACUUUUCAUAAAAUUAUUUUUUUCUAUUAAAGAAUUCACUAUUACGAUUA